AUGGGCACGCUCGUGAAAACAUUUCUUUGGUUCGCAGUAGCGAAUUUAAUAAUAAUUAUACAGGAUGCCUUUGCUCAUCAAAUCAAAUGUAUAGAAUCAGGACGAUUCUACAGAAAUCCCAAAACAGAAGCAGAUCUUUUAUGGUCCAGCGACGAAUGUUCUAGAUAUUAUUUAUGCUUGGACGGAGAAGUUUUUAAUUUUCAAUGCUCCAGUGGACUGGUUUUCGAUGUGGACAAACAAAUAUGCGAAGCCAAAGACAAAGUGAAUAAUUGUGACAAAGUUACAGAAUCUUCGUCAUCAAAAACAACAUCCUCCGAACAGUCCGAUCAAUGCGAAUUGAAAAACCAAAUAAAAUGCUCAAACAACAAAACGUGCAUACCAAAUGAUUAUAUUUGCGAUGGCUCUCAAGAUUGUCCAGAUGGCAGUGACGAAGCCCAAUGCGACCCCAAUAAAGACCCCAAAGGGGCGUCACUAUGUGACCCUAGCAAGUGCCUCUUACCCAACUGUUUUUGUUCGAAAAAUGGUACAGAAAUCCCAGGUCAUUUUCAUCCGAAUGACGUACCUCAAAUGGUCCUGAUAACCUUCGAAGAUUCAAUCAACGAUGACAAUAUCGACUAUUUCAGUAGUCUUUUCGCAGGAAAAUAUGUGAAUCCUAAUAAUUGUCCUAUUGCAGCUACAUUUUUCGUUAGCCAUCAGUAUACCAAUUAUUUUUUCACUCAGAGAUUAUGGAAUCACGGACAUGAAAUUGCUGUACAUUCUGUCACUCACAGGUUACCAGAAGAAUGGUGGUCGGAAAACGCAACCGUCGAAGAUUGGUUCGACGAAAUGGUAGGCCAAGCAAAUAUCCUCAAUAAAUUCUCCAAUAUCCGCCUCUCAGAAAUUGAAGGCCUCAGAGUACCGUUUCUACGCAUCGGCUGGAACCGUCAAUAUCUAAUGAUGAAAGAAUUCGGGUUUCAAUAUGACAGCUCUAUUGUGGCACCAUACACUUACGUACCUUUAUGGCCUUAUACUAUGGACUUUAAAAUGCCACAUAAAUGCCUCUGGCAAAUGGUCAUCAACCAAUUAGAAGCCUUAGACAUUAGUUGUGCCACUUUAGACUCUUGCCCUUCGGAAUUGUCGGGGCAAGAAAUUUAUCAAACAUUAAUGCGCAACUUUAAUAGACAUUAUUCUACUAAUAAGGCACCCUUUGGUAUUCACUUACAAGCUUCUUGGUUUGAAAAUAGUGAAUAUUUAGCUGCAUUUCAACAAUUUCUAGACAAUAUCCUCUCAAAACCUGAUGUCUGGUUUGUAACCAACUCACAAGCAAUAGAUUGGAUGCAAAACCCGACUCCACUGAAAAAGCUGCUGAAGUUUCGACCUUGGGACUGUAGAAAGAGACUCAAAAGACCUCAAGAAAUUGCCUGUCAAGUGCCGAACACUUGUCACUUGGUUAGCAGGGCUUUGAAAGAAGAAAUUGAGUUGCAGACUUGCAACGAAUGCCCGAAACGGUAUCCUUGGGUUAAGAAUGAGUUUGGCAUUGACUGAUGAUAUAUGUUUAAUAAAUUUUUAUCAGGAAUAGUUAACAUGUGAUACUUAUGGAUUAUUUUGAACAAGAAAAUAUUUUGUAAGCUAAAUAAGUGAAUUCUAAUUUGCUUCGGAGCAAUUUGCAAAUUAAGUUGAAUGAUAUAUGGCAAUGCGCUUCAUCGUUUUUUCAUAAGCAUUUUUUGUUUAAACAAUCCAUAAUAUUGUCACUUUGUUAACAUUUUUGUAGUUGGAAGUACCUUUACGCCCUGUAUGUAUUAGAAAGUACAAAAUAGUUCUCAUAAUAUGUAUUUAUUGUUUCUUAAUUUUAAAAUAAAAUAGCUAUAAUAUUUCUAAUGUAAAUUUAAUUUA